AGAAUGCGAGACCUCGCGGCUCAGGUAACGAGCCGCCUGCUGCAGUUUCCCGAGGUGACCAUUCAGGCUCUUGGGGAAGAUGAGACCACCCGAGGGUCUGUGCUGCGCGGGCAGUUCUGCAGAGACAUGGCUGGAGGCGAUGGAUAUCCAGCUUCCCGUCUGGGUUCCCGGGCUGACACGCUGGGAUAUCGCAUGGGUCCCCAAAGAGCAAAGUAUGAAGCUGAAAGAGGCAAAUCUUCCCAGCGGUCAUCAGAAGUCCUGAAGGAAAUCCUGAAGGACCUGGACAAGGCAGCGCUUGAGAUGGACCGUGAGACUGCGGAGAAUGAGGCGCUUCAGGAAGGAGGCAGUCACGCGGUGCCAGUCUCUGAUGACAGAAGAGGGGCAAUUCAGUCAGUGGAGGUGCCAGGCGUGGAUGGCACGAGAAACAGAAAUGCUAUGGAUCCAAAAGCUUUCCAGAAGUACUGCAUAGAAGGCUCCGUGGCGGUCGUGGGCUCCAUAUUGCUUGGGAUGGUUUUCUGUUGUGUGAUCCGCCUGUGGAGGAAGAGAAGGCGGCGCCUCGCCGCAGCUUCGAGAGCCCGGCCCGACACCAGCAGCUGCCCCUCACACCCGGACACCUGGACUGCCCACCCCAGCACCUCCAAGAGCUGGACCCAACACCAGCAGCCGUCACAUGUGCCUGGAAAAGCGGCCCACCAGCCACGGAGCACCGGCGGGGAACCAGCCUCCACCAGCCCGGACGGCCGCCCGGCCCGCCCGCCUCCGCCCCGGCCCAAAUGGCUGUCCAACUCAGCCAGCCAGGUGUUGCAGGACCGGCCCAGCACCCUCCGGGCCCCGGAGAAACGGCAACCACCCCCUCGCCCCCCAAGCCCACUUCUCCAGCCCUCCUGCAAGGGCCUGGGGCAGUCCCCCCAGGAUAUGGAUUUGGGGAGCAACGGUGAAUGCGAGGGCCUAUAG